UGAAAGCACAUUGACAUAGAAGGAAGUGUGCAGGACGCUAAUAAGUCUGUCUUAUUAUUUGUUCUCCAGUUUGAAAUAUUUACGUCGUAUAAAAUACGUCUUUGAUUAUUUAAUUCAGGGUAAAAUCGUCUCGAUGCGCUAGAAGCACUUUGCUGGAUCUCGUGUUUGUUUAUUGUUAGUUAGCUUAGCUCGCUAGUUAGCUUAGCCUGUUAGCUGCUAACAGAAGUUCUCAACACAUCGCUAAGUAGAGAUCAAGUGUGAGAGUAAAGUGUUGUGAUUGUGUGAAAAUGUCUACAUUACACAUGUUGAGAGCGUUGGUGGAUCAGCGACUAACUGCUGCCGUUGAAGAAAUAUUUGUAGUGUUAGAAAGAACGAUAGCAGAAUACGAGGCGGAACUUUCUAGAACAAAAGAGGAGAACUAUCAACUACUGGACGCUGUUUUCAAGAAACAUCAAGUUGUGUUACACAGAACAGACGUCCAGCAGCCCCCUCACAUUAAAUAUGAUGAGGAGGAUCCACAGCCCCCCCACGCGAAAGAGGAAGAGAAGGAAGUGUGGAUCAGUCAGGAGGGAGAGUGUGUUGUAGGGCAGGAGGAGGAUGAUGUCAGCAAGUUUCCACUGACUGUUGUCUCUGUGAAGACUGAAAAGCAUGAAGACAAAGCACCUGAGUCCUCACAGCUUCAUCACAGUCCAAACGUCCAGCGGAUGUCAGCGGGGAGUCAUGAAGAGGAGUGGCACACCAGUGUGGGACAGAAGGAGCUACAGGCCCCCUCCCACUUUAAAGAGGAGCAGCUUCAUGAUGAAGAUGAAGCUCAGUCCUUACAGCUUCAUCACAGUCAAAGUGAGGAGAACAGAGGGGCGGAGCUUGUAAGUCAACACAUCACAGAAGCUGAUGGAGAGCAUUGUGAAGAUAUAAAGUCAGAACCAGACAGCAUCUUUGCUCCACUGUCAGACAUGGACCACAUGAUGUCACACUCUUCUGAUCACAGUGACCACAUCCAAAAACCUUUGGAGAGUAAAAAUGACUCUAAAGGUGAUACGAGACAUCACACUAACAACAAACACUUUGACUGCUCUCAAUGUGGGAAAUCAUUUAGAUACAAGUGUCAUUUAACAGUACACCUGAGAACACAUACUGGAGAGAAACCUGUUACUUGCUCUGUUUGUAAGAAGAGUUUCUCCACAAAACACUACAUGUCCACACACAUGAGAACACACACUGGAGAGAAACCCUUUACUUGCUCUGUUUGUAAGAAGAGUUUCUCCACAAAACAGUACAUGACCACACACAUGACAACACACACUGGAGAGGGACCUCUUUCUUGCUCUGUUUGUAAGAAGAGUUUCUCCACAAAGCAAAGCAUGACCACACACAUGAGAACACACACCGGAGAGAAACCUUUUAAUUGCUCUGUUUGUAAGAAGAGUUUCUCCACAAAACAUGACAUGACGAAACACAUGAGAACACACACAGGUGAGAAACCUUUUUCUUGCUCUGUUUGUAAGAAGAAUUUCUCCAGAAAGCCUAACAUGACCAUACAUAUGAGAAGACACACUGGAGAGAAACCUUUUUGUUGCUCAGCUUGUGCUAAAAGAUUCAACACUAAGAAUGAAAUGAUAGUGCACCUGAGAACACACACAGGUGAGAAACAUUUUACUUGCUCUGUUUGUAAGAAGAGUUUCUCCAGAAAGGAACACAUGACCACACACAUGAGAACACACACUGGAGAGAAACCUUUUACUUGCUCAGCUUGUGCUAAAAGAUUCAACACUAGGAAGGAAAUUAUAUUGCACAUGAGAACACACACAGGUUAAAGACCGUUUAGUUGCACUGCGUGUGUUAGAAGGUUCAGGUUUAAGUAUCAGGUCAGUAGACACAAGUGUGUAACAGUCAUGGAAGCUGCAGGGAUUUAAAAACACUUAAACAGUGAUUGUGCUAAAUGUAGUUUAAAAACACAGCAUGUUUAAAGGCCUACUGAAAGCCACUACUACCGACCACACAGUCUGAUAGUUUAUAUAUCAAUGAUGAAAUCUUAACAUUGCAACACAUGCCAAUACGGCCGGGUUAACUUAUAAAGUGACAUUUUAAAUUUCCAGCUAAACUUCCGAUUGAAAACGUCUAUGUAUGAUGACGUGUGCGCGUGACUUCAAUGGUUGAAGCGGAAGUAUUGGGACACAUUGUAUCCAAUACAAAAAGCUCUGUUUUCAUCGCAAAAUUCCACAGUAUUCUGGACAUCUGUGUUGGUGAAUCUUUUGCAAUUUGUUUAAUGAACAAUGAAGACUGCAAAGAAGAAAGCUGUAGGUGGGAUCGGUGUAUUAGCGGCUGGCUGCAGCAACACAGCCAGUUGAACUUUGAGAUGGAUAGCAGACGCGCUAUCCGAAGCUAGCCGCCGACCGCAUCUGUGAUCGGGUGAAGUCCUUCGUCGCUCCGUCGGUCGCUGGAGCGCAGGUGAGCACGGGUGUUGAUGAGCAGAUGAGGGCUGGCUGGCGUAGGUGGAGCGCUAAUGUUUUUAUCCUAACUCUGUGAGGUCCCGUUGCUAAGUUAGCUUCAAUGGCGUCGUUAGCAACAGCAUUGUUAAGCUUCGCCAGGCUGGAAAGCAUUAACCGUGUAGUUACAGGUCCAGGGUUUAAUAGUAUUGUUGAUCUUCUGUCUAUCCUUCCAGUCAGACAGAAAACAAGCACCUAAAUUCAGCAUCUACACUACUAUGUUCCAAGGGACGACUAAACAAGAGGACCUAGAUUCAGGAUUGCAUCCACAUACACUUAUAGAGAUUAUUGAAACAACAUCAAAGAUUGUUGAACAGGAAAAUAUGGAACUAAAACAUUUAUGCGACAAAGUUCACAAAAAACAGGAUUUGGAAAAUGAUAUAGAUCCAGAUACAAUUUUUUUCUCCCACAUUAGUAAAACAAAUUUUUAUUAUACAGAUGAUCAAUAUAAUAGCAACAUUAAAG